AUGGAGCUGGGCGACAUGGGCAGCGGUUGUGAGGAGGGUGACUGCGGCCCAGCGUCUGGAUACCCGGAGGACUGCGCUGACGAGUGUCAGUGGGAGGAGCCAAUGUUUGGACACUCAGUGUGCGUGACGGUGGUGUGCGUUCCCCUGAUGCUGCUCGGCCUUCUGGGCAACACGUUAACCAUCCUGGUGGUUUGGCUCCGCCCCCAUAUGAGAAGCUCCACCUACCUCUACCUGAGCAGCAUGGCCGUCAGUGACCUGCUGAUACUGCUGCUGCUGCCUCUGGACCUCUAUAAGCUGUGGAGGCCCCGGCCCUGGCCUUUAGGGGACCUAGCCUGUAAGCUGACCAUGUUCCUCUCAGAGUGUUGUACCUUCUCCACCAUCCUCCACAUCACCUUCCUCUCCCUGGAGAGAUACCUGGCGGUCUGCUGGCCAAUCACUGCCAAGACCCUGGUCACACGCCACCGAACCAAGGUGCUCAUUGGCUGCCUGUGGCUGGGAGCGGCAGUUAGCGCUGCGCCCGUGCUGGUGAUUGUCGGCGUGGAGGAAGUGGGAGGGGUGGAGGGGUGGCGGGGGGAUGAUGGGUGGAUGUGGGGUGACGAAGGCCUGGACGAAGUGCUGCUGAAGGGAGAAAGAAGAGGAGGUGGUGGAGAGAUGACCCUUGCGGAGGGGACGGGGGGAGCCAAGUGGACAGGGGAAAGAGUGAGGGAUUGGGAUGAGGGAGGAGAUAUGGCGUGGGUGAGCUGGGGAGAAAAGAUGGAGGGAAGAGACGGAGGAGGUGAAAUGAAAGGCAGGGGCAUACAGAAACAGACGGGGGAGGAAGAGAUGGGGGUGAAAACAGAGGAACGGAGCGGAGAGGAGCACGAGGGUGGCAGGCGAGGACACGAGGAGGAGAAAGAGGAGAGGACGGAAGAAAGGCGAAGAGGAGGGCGAAUAGAGGAGGACAAGAGCGAGUGUCGCUGCACUGAUUACGGUGUCUCCUCCGGCCUUCUGUCGGCCAUGAUGAUCCUCUCCAACCUGUACUUCCUGGUGCCGCUGAGCAUUCUGGGAAUGGUCUACAGCCUCAUUGGGCGAACGUUGUGGCUCCGCCCACAAAGCAGCGUGAGAGACCAAACCCACAGGCACACAGUAAAAAUGCUGGGAGUCAUCGUCCUGGUGUUUGUCUUGUGCUGGCUGCCGUUCCACGUCGGGAGGACCCUCUUCUCCUUGUCUUUGGGCUCUAGUGUGAUGUACUACCUGUCCCAGUACUUCAACCUGGUGUCCUCCGUGCUCUUCUACCUCAGCGCCGCCGUCAACCCCCUGCUGUACAACCUGAUGUCCGCCAGGUACCGACGAGCUGUCCACGGCCUCGUGCGCUCCCGCCGCACGCGCGCACGCCCCCGGUGCAGCUCGCAGCCGCGCCAGUUCACCACGCACCACUCCUCCACCACAGUAUACACUGAUGAGCCAAAACAUUAUGACCACCUGCCCAUCAUGCUGUUGCUGCUCCUCCGCGUGCCGCCAGAACAGCACCGACCCGCUGAGGCCUGGACUCUCCAAGACCCCUUCCUGUGGUGUCUGGCACCAAGACAUGAGCAGCAGAUCCGUCAAGCCUUGUAA